CUUAGUAUGUCACAGUUGUCAAAUUUCAAAAACUUUGUCGAGCGAGUUUGUGAUGCUAUGUGUGUUUUCGUAAAAUUAUUGCAAAAUAGUGUAAUUAAUUCUACCAGUGCUUUACGAAAAUAUAACCAUGGAUGAAACAUACUCGGAGAGUGAUGUUUCGCUUUCUCCCUCACAGAUAUUGGAACGUUUACAAGUGUUAAGACAACUUCAGUUAUUGCAGCGCGGGAAGCUACAAAAACAACGAUUAGAAUACAAAGAAACUUCUGAAAGUUCAUCAAGUAUCACUGAAAUUGUAAGCCAUUUUAGUAAUACAACAAGCUAUAACACAUUUCGCAGUUUGCUGGAGUCUAGUAAUGAUAUUUCGAAUGAGGGUACACCUCGUGUUAACGGUAAUGAAGUUUCGCCUAAAGUCCAAGAAAGAGACUUAAUUGAUGGUGUGUCAGUUUUAAACCUUUCUCAAGAGUCCGAGUUUAUUGUGAACUCCCCUCUAUCUGGUAGAAGUAGAGCAUCUGCCCCUUCAAGAAAUGUAGGAGAAAUACCUUCAGAGCCAUCCCAAAAUACAAGUAAUAAAACUUCUGUGAAUUCUUCUCUGAACAAGAAUCCACAUGUAAAAAAACAAAUAUCACUGGAUGAAAUGCCCAUUUUGUCCCCUAAAAAAGAUUUUGAAGCUUUACUCGUAGAAAAACUGCAGAGUGAAAAAACUGCACCCAAAUCCAAAAGCCCAAAUAAGGACAAUAGUGUAAACACCAAUAAUAAGAGACCUUUUUUGAGACGAGGCGAAGGCAUAGCUCGCUUUGGUCUUAGAAAAAAUGAUUUUGUUAUACAGAAUACUAAAUCUCUUCCUUGGAAAAGAAAGAGCUUUCAAAAUAAAACUGAAUCUCCAUUGAAAUUAAAUCUUAAGAAACUUAAAGAAAAGAAUAACAAUGCUUUAACAGAGACAACUAAUGUACAAAAUAAAAAAUCAGAUAAUGUUCAAAGUGGAAUGAAAAAGCUUGAGAAAGAUGAUGCAGUGGCUACAUCUGAACCUUCUCUAUUAGUAACUGACAUACAACAAGCUAAGUUAGUAAGAAAAAAUCAAACUAAACCCAGAAUCUCAGACACAAAUAAUGAACCCGAAGCAACCUCAAAAAUAGCAGAAAAUAAACCAACAUCUGUGGAACCACGCACUCCAAUCAAUCGUAAUCUUCCAUUAAAUAAACCAUUACCAAGAGCAGAAUUCCCGAAGAACAAACACCCUUUAAUAGCUAACAAAGGCAAGUCUUGGGCUGCAGUGCUAACACAAGAACAAAAUGACUUCCUCAGCCAAUUAAAACAGAGUGACUAUUACAAAAAUUUUGUUUCACCUUCCAAGAGUGUGAUAUCAGAUGCUAGCUGUGACGAAACAAUGACAAAAUUAAGAUAUGAUAGAGAAACUGCUGAACAGAAAAUGUUUGAACUGCUAGAAAAUAAAGUUACACAUGAUAGCUUCAGUUUAGAAAACUCAUUCUUUGAUAGGUUCCUAAGAAGUAACUUGGAAAGUUCCACUGAAAGCACCCCUUUAAUGCUUCAAAAGUGUUUAGCACAAAAUCCUAAACUUAUAAAUAUUUUACCAGGAUUGAAAGGUAGAAUUAGAAAUGAGAAUUCUCAUAGUGAUGCAGAGUCUUGUUACAGUAAUUGCACUGACUGCAGUGAAGCAUGCUCAUCAUGUUGUUCCUGUAAAAAUGUUGAUCAAAGUACUUAUUCUGCCAACAAGUCUCUGUGUGUUGAACAAAACAAAAAUGUAAAAAUAAUUCAACCAAAGAGUAAAGCAGCUAAAAUUAAUGAAAAAGAGGAUGAAUCUAAAGAAUGUCAUGAUGACACAAUGACAGAAACUGAUGUUAUGAAAGCAAACAUGGCAGAAAUGAAUGCCAAACUGAUAUCCACUAGCGAAUUGCUAAAAGAUAGACUUUGUGAACUGGAAGACGAAAUAGCCACUUUCAAAAAGGAAAAUGCUAAUUUGGCAAAAUUACGCGAAGAAAUCGACCACGACAGGCAAAAGUUUUACGAAGAAAAAGCAGCAUUUGAGCAAAAAUUCAAUGAAGAGAAAGUCCUAUCAGAAUAUUAUCUAGCAGAAGAGAAAGAGAAACUAAAUAAACAGAAGCAAAUUUACGAGAGAUAUGUGAGAGAAAUGAGAGGCAGGCUGAAUAAGAAAGACAAAGACGAAGUCGUCAAUUUGAAGAAAGAAAUUAAUGACCUUAAAGAGGAGAUACGCGUAAAAAACGCGAAAUCAACUUCGACAAUAGCUAGACUGCGAAACCAAAUCAAAAUAAUGGAGAAAGAGAAGAAAGAUUUGCAGGAAGAAGUAGAGAAACUUAAGAAGCAGAACAAGCGAAUCCAACACAGUAACGAGGUGACACGAAGACUGACAAAUAUAAAAUAUCUAGAAGAAAUAAACAAGAAGUUGACUGACAUGACAAAUAAGGACAACAGAUCAGAAGUAAGCGAAGAUCGCGACAUAAAGUAUAAGGCCUAUGAGAUCGAAAGACAAAGUAGAAGCAGGAGAGUUGAACCAGUUGGUAAAAGCGUAAUUAGGCCUAGGGCAAAAAGUGUUCCCAACUUGAAUGUCACAUCUAGAUAUGCAAAAUACUUUAGCCAAAGGGAUACACUGAGCCAAAUAGAACAAAAUAAACUGCCUAAUGUGGAAAGAAUAGAUUAUUCUGAUGACGAGACUGAAGAAAGAGAUAAUGAUACAAUUUCAAAUGAAUCUCUUGAUGAGGAUGACAGGGAUAACGACAGUAAUAACUUAGAAAAAAUAUACAUUGAAAGAUUUAAGUCAAGUUCACCUAAAAGCUCAAGAUCCAGCGGUUCAAGUUUAAACUUUGAACUCAAUUUAAAUGAAAAACCAAACUUAAAUGAUAAUGCUAAAAGUUUCUUCAUACAAAAAUCUAAUUCUGGUUCAUCAAGAACUUCAAAGUCUCCUAGAAGAACGAUAUCUCCUUGUUUCAAUAAAAAUGAAACAGUAAUUAAUAGAGCCAAAUCUCCUAUUUCUAUACUUAGUAAUAAAUCUAGUAAGUCGCCUCCAUCACGAAAUUCUAUGGAGUACUUAUCAAGUCGUUCUGGAUCUAACACAACACAGAACAGAUCAAAGUCUCCAGGAUCUUCCUACAACAAUUCUUCUAUGAAGUCAGUGACAGUGAUACACAAUGAGCAGUAUAGAGAUAAACUCAUGAACUUGAGUCCGGAACCUUCGAUCAGUAAAACAAAUUUGUCAAAAACAAGUUUGAAUCCCACUGAAGUGCGGAAACCAGAUGGUUCUAAGGAACUAAGGUUCCCCAAUGGCAAUAUCAAGUACAUAUCAGCUGAUGGGAAAUACAGCAAGUUUGUGUACUACAAUGGAGAUGUGAAAGAGAAUUUUUAUAAUGAGGGUAGAAUCAAAUAUUUCUAUGCCGAGACUAAAACUUACCACACUACUCACGCCGAUGGAUUGGAAGUUUUGGAGUUCCCUGAUGGUCAAGUGGAAAAACGUUACAAAGACGGGUCAUCCGAGAUCCGGUUACCGAACGGCAGCGUCCGGUACUUUGACCCGAAGAACGAGCAUGUUAGAGAGGAGUGGCGGUUCCCGGACGGCGCGGCUCUCACCGUCUCGGCAAGUGGCGAACAACGUAUUGUGUUUAGCAACGGACAAGUGGAAGUACAUGCUAAGGAUCAUAAGCGUCGCGAAUUCCCCGAUGGUACUGUAAAGUUAGUUUAUAGCGACGGAACGUCUGAAACGCGCUACGCGUCUGGACGCGUGCGCAUCAAGGAUAAACAUGGAAACCUCAUUAUGGACUCCGCCCCCGGUUGAUGUUCAAACAAUU